UGUAUUUUAACGAUGUUAACCGACCGACUAGGAAAUGAAAAUUCAUGAAGUUUGGGUAGUGAAAAGAAUCAUCUGGUACCAAAUUUUAUAUCAAGGCUAUUGCACAUUUUCUUCCCUGCCAAGUUUCAACUCUGUCCAAGUCAAUUUCAUCCCCAUCCCAAAAAUGGCAUCUCCAAUCUGCUUCUACCUUCUUUUCCUCUCCCUCCUCUCUCAAACCCAACUCUCCUUUUCCACUACCCACACACCAAUCGAUCACGGCCGUCCAUUGGUCACCUCAAUCGCUGAUGUGCACGAUCUGCUGCCAAAGUACGGCCUUCCUAAGGGUAUCGUUCCCAACAACGUCAAGUCUUACACCCUUUCAUCCACCGGAGACUUCACCAUAGAGUUAGAAAGCACCUGCUAUGUUCAGUUUGAUGACCUUGUUUACUAUGACAAAACCAUCAGUGGAAAGCUAAGUUACGGGGCUGUGCACGAUGUGUCUGGGAUUCAAGCUAAGAAGCUCUUCUUAUGGUUGCCUGUUACUGCGAUUGAGGUUAAUGGUAAAUCAGGUAUGGUUCAGUUCUUCGUUGGAGCUUUUUCUAAGGAGUUUCCAGCUGUACAGUUUGAAGAUAUUCCAGUUUGUAGGAGGAAGGCUGUUCUGAGGGCUGACCUGUUUGCUUCUAUGUGAAUUCGGUAGAAGUACCAUGGACGACAUGAACCGGAUUUCAUUUUGCCCUCCAUUAAAAAUAGGGAAAAUUGUCCUUGUACUCCUAAUUGAUAUUAUGUUUGUUUCUGUUGGCAAUUCUCUGGUUAUUUUGUUAGCCAUGCUAGUUUUAACAAUAUAAAUGGAUGAAAAUUUAACAGAAGGGACUAGUUUGCUCUUUGAUCUAAAGAGACUAAUUUGUUAUAUUUUUAGUAGAAGGGGCAAAAUGUAAUCUAACUCCUAGGGGCCUCCAUAGUAAACCGUAAUUUUCCUUGUUAGUGCACCUUUAUGGUCACAUGUGCCAUUUGGUGUCUCACUAUUAUAUUCACACAGUUCACAAGCUCUUAAGAAAUGUUAAAUGGCUUUCCUCUUGAACUGCGUGUGUUGAACUUUUGCAAAUACAAUAUGGCUGGUUUACGGGAAAUGUGAUCGAGUUCAGUAUUUGAUUUUGGUUAUAUGCUAUUCUU